AUGUCGAUAUGGGAAAGCUUGGAAAAAACCAAAAUGGCGCAUCUGAUCAACCAAGUUAUUGACGUCAUCUCGAAACCUCCCGAGAAGAGAAACGACGGUGAGAUCAAUGCUAUUAUACCCUGGUUGAGAAAGAGAACUCCUAUGUUUCACAACCAACAGGAAGAAGUGUUAAAAGAUAUCAUUCGAAACUGUGAGUACCAAAUGGCAAGUCAUGACGACGUCAUAUUGUGCCAGGGAGAGCGAGGAGAAUGUAUGUUUGUGAUCCUGAGAGGGAGUGUGUCGGUGUAUGUUGACGCUAGUAUGACGGGAGAAGACGAGGGAUUCCCGUCCCCAGUUCCUCGGUCUGCCAGUAAAGACAGCAGUAACGCCUCACCAGAAAUACGACUAGGAAGGGAUUUAGAUAGAAGAGUUUUUGGGAAGUUUAUCAUUAAAAUGGAAUCAGGUACAAGUUUUGGUGAAGUUGCUCUGAUAUCAGAAGAUUCGACAAGAAAUGCCUCUGUCAUUGUGGAUACUGCUUGUGAUUUUUUAGUUGUUGGUAAAAAACUGUUCAACAGAUCUCUUAAGGCAUACGAAGAAAAUAAGUAUGAAAGUACGAAGAAUUUUAUCAAAAGUCAUCCUUAUUUCAAUCAAUGGUCUGCCAGAUUUAAACGUCUGCUGGAGCUGAGUUUGAGGCGGGAAAUAUACCCCUUUAAUUCCACAAUUGUUAAACAGGGAGGCAGGGUUCGUGGAAUGUACUUCAUUGUCAAAGGAGAAGCAAAUGUUUCGGUGGAACCAGCUCGACAUAGACACCAAUAUGAUCAUUUGUGGCCAUUUGAAGCCGGAGUUGAUACGUACUCUAUAGAGUUUGAAUGGCUCAGAGAAUCCAGAAAGAAUGCAAUAUUAAGACGUUAUGAAAACCCAGCCACCAUUCCUACAAAACCAGACCAUGUUAAGAUCAGACGGAAAGAAGGCUGUGGCGCCGUGGAACGGAUGAAACAAGAAAAGCUAGUCAGUAUGAACACCGUCAGUGAUGGAGAGAUCAUCGGAGAUAUCGAACUGUCCAUGAAUCUUAAAACUUGGAUGCAGACUGUCGUUUGUACAGCCGAUACGGAAGUGUAUUUCUUGGACAUGAAAACCUAUGAUCGAUUGGUCAAUCGUAAGAAUCUGUCGACCGUUUCCAAAAUGAAGGCCCAUGUGAUUGACAAGCUUAAAACACGGAUGGAACUUAUACCAAACGGACAUGUACCCCUUCUUUCUUACUUACAUUACAAACUCACAGAACGUUCACUUCCGUCAGCUAAAAAACUUCCCCCAUUAAAGGCAACAAAGUCUCUGCCCGAUACCGAAGUCCAAUUUCAGUAUCUUUUAGCUCGAUUUCGAGAAGGGCGAGCCCCCUUAGUGCUACCCCGCGUUCCCGGAGCUGUGUAUUAUAAAGACUUGAUGGCAGAAAAAGCUCGAAUUCGUGAAAAUGUUAGACGGCGAGCAACAAUGAGUUUAGCUGAAAAAGUGCGAGAAACAAGACGUGCUAUCAACAGACGAAAACCACGUAGCAGACGUGAAAUUUGCGAAUCGCUCCGCGAAAUGGCUGAAGCAGAGUUGAUUACGUUUGAGCAGAACAAAAACAAAGAAGAUCUGGCUUUGGAAUCUUUCCGCUCCGUCGACGAAUUCGGAACAGUAGACGAAGCAUCAUCGCUAUCUGUUUUAGCCCCAUCUAAACCGGAAUUAAUAGAACCCGUUGCAACUUCCCGACCAGAACUUGGAACACCAUUACCUCCAAUUCGAGAGGAAAGUGGCCCAGUUACACAAAAAGCAACAGGUGUGUCAACGAUUCCUGAGAAACCGGCUGUCGUUACGUUUGCUGAAAACCUUGAAACUGUGAAAGAAAUGGGAACGGCUACCGAACCACACGAAGUCGUGAAUGACGGAGACAAUGUGGUAACGAUCAGCGUCGGCGAAGAUCUACCUCCAACCUUUAUCACCCAAAAGGCCUCAAAAUCAAAAUGGGAAAUACCUAGAAAAAUCGUUCAGGAACGUAUACAGGAAAAACAGUCCGCUAACGACAACCAAACUCUAUUCGCCAGUACAGAAAUGGAAGACUUUGAAGAUUUCGAAACAAGCGAGACAACUCUUAGCUUCCUUGAAUCUCGAAUCCAGUCCUUCCACAUGAAAUAUGCUGACAAACCAAAGAUGGCACUGAAACUCCCAAAACUGAGACGGUUCCAACAAGACAUACAGGACGAAUUUCAGAACAGACCAAGACCAGGCGGUCGAGUCUGGAUGCACAGACGUCAUUGCCGAUUCGCAGACAGUCAAAUUCAAGUCAAAGGACACGAGCACGUCCGUCAUCAUAUGGUGACAUCACUUCCGGAGUUUGAGAGUAUAAAGCACACACAAUUGGUAGUUAACGUCAUGAUGAAAGGCUCUGUGGACAAAUAACUAUUGUAUAACAUUAGUCCUGUCAAAAUUUAAAAGUGCUCAAAUUUGCCAUUCGCCAUCCAUUUGGGCCUUCAUAUAUACGUGUGUGCAGAAUUAUCCGCGUUUGACAGUAAAAAUGAUGAGUCGUCUUUUCUUGAGACUCUUUCAUAUGUACAAAUGUAAAGGGCAAUUCCUAGAGUAUUUUUGAAGGAGUUAUAUGCGAUUUUCAUACAUUUCUAGUACUUCUGAAGACUAUAAAUUAAAUAUAUUCAAGACCCAAACUCAGGCGAAAAUGACCCUUUAAUAGAUGUUUCUAGCACUACCUACCUCUAUCUAUCACUAUGCCAAAUGUUAAAAUAUAUCAAUACAAAUUAUUUCAAAAU